CACGGGUAGCGCGCCGUCACCCGCCGCUCCGUGUUGAGACCCGUGCGCCCGCGCGCCGAGCCAGCCCAGUGACAUGUCGAGCGGGGAGCGCCAGUCGGCCGCCGCGCGCCGCCGCCGCUGACUGCGCUGUGCUGUCCGAGAGCGCCACUGAGCGCCGCCGUCCGUCCAUCUGUGCGGGACUGAGCGCCACCCAGCCCAUGAGCGCGCCGUAUCCGGCCGUCAGCACUGCGGCCGGCGCGCGCGAGGUGGGCGUGGUGAGCCCGCGCGUGGCCGCGCCGUGCCCGCCGUGCCCCGGCGACACCAUGGAACGGCCGCGGCCCGGCCUGGCCGGCUCAGCGUUCGCCGUCUCGCCGUACGGCCGGCCGCCGCCCGGCUACGGCCCGGCACGGCCGCCGCUGCCGCCGCCCGCCUACGGCUGGAUGCCCGCCCGCCUGGGCGACACUGGCGGAGACGAGUACGAGCGGGCCGUGCAGCGCUACAGCCGCGCCCAGGCCGACCUGGCGCUGCGACAGCACUGGCUGCACACCUUCCGACAGAACAAUAUCCGCUGCACAAGCGGCAGCUGCGGCUGUACCAGCUUCACCCCCGGGGAGAGCACCAUGAGGACCUGUCAGGACUGUGGGCACGGCUGGAUUCUGCACGCGCUGGACAAGCUGGGUCGCCAGCCGGCGUUCCCGCCGCUGCAGUCCGAGCCGGUCACCCCGGCAGCCAUAUUCGACAUCGCCGCGCUCAUCCUGUUCGGCUGUCAGGCGGUGCCGAUACGGCUGAAGAUCCUGCUGGACAAGCUGUUCACCAAGCUCACUGAUGAUGACGUGGCGCAGAUCCUGCGCGCGUUCGGCUGGAGUCGUGAAGAGUACGUCCAGGGCUACAUUAAGGACGGUGCCGCGUUUACCAAAUGCAGCCCGGAGGAGGAGCCCUUCAUCCUGCAGCAGUUCAUGCGUUUCGAGGAGACGCGCCCGAUCGCGUUCAAGUUCAUGCAGAAGGACGAGAAGGACGGCAAGAAGCCGCCGCUCGAGCCCGACAUGAAGAAGCUGGUGGAGCGGGUGCAGCCGUUCCUGCGGCCCGAGAUGCUGCACCAGCCCGGCCUCUGCCUGCCCGGCCUGCGGCUGCCCGCCGCGCCGUUCCCCGUCUCCAGCGCCAGCAACGGCGCGUUCGGGCCGCCGCAGCCGCUGCAGCCACCCCCGGCCAGCACGGCCAGCGCCCUGUCGCCGCUGAACAAGCUGCAGAGCAUGCAUCCGUUCGAGCGGCGCAGCCCGGACGGGUCGCUGGACCUGUCUCGGCCGGCGGUGAGCGGCGCCCCGGCCCCGCCCCCGCCGCCUCCGCCACACUCACAGCCCAUGUCGGUGGCCGGCCCGCCUGCCUCCAGCGCCGUCAACCUGACGACGAGCGCCGGUCGGCCGGAUCCUCAGGCACAGGCACAGGCACAGGCACAAGCCCAGGCGCAGGCGCAGGCACAGGCUCAGGCGCGCGCUCAGGCACAGGCGGCGCUCAACCUCUCCUCCGGCGGUAUGGAGCAGGCCCUGGAGAAGAACGCCCGCAAGUCCAUGACGCCCGUGAAGCGGCGCGGUCAGUGGGACCCGAUCGGCCCCAACCCGACCGCGCUAGUCAACCCGGUGACCGGCAAAAAGCGGGUGCAAUGUCACGCGUGUCUGAAAACGUUCUGUGACAAGGGCGCGCUCAAGAUCCACUUCUCUGCCGUGCACCUGAAGGAGAUGCACAAGUGCUCGGUGGACGGCUGCACGAUGAUGUUCAGCUCUCGUCGCAGUCGGAACCGGCACAGCGCCAACCCGAACCCCAAGCUGCACACGCCGCACAUGCGGCGCAAGAUCUCUCCGCACGACGGCCGCAUGUCGCAGGCGCACGGCCCCAUCAGCCUGCCGCCCACGCUGACGCCCAACUUCCCUCACCCGGGACUGCUGGGCGGCUUCAACCCGCUGGCCGGCCUGCCGCUGCUGCCCAGCCCCGAGCUGCAGAAGCAGGCGCUCGAGUCGCUGCACAGCUCGCUCAACACGCUCGACCUGGCCAGCUACUCGCGCUCGCCGGCCGGCCUCAUGCUGCCGGGCGUCGGCGGCGACAUGAACGCCACCAUGAGUCGCCGGCUGGAGCAGUACCAGGAGGAGAUGCGGCGGCGCGGACUGCUCGAGGCGCGCGACGACGAGUCGGGCAAACGCUACCGCUCCGAUUCCAACGACGAGCGCAGCACAGUCGCAGACGACGACGGCAGCGUCGACAAUCAGAGCGUUAACGGCGAGACGCGCGUCAACGGCCAAGAGCCGCAGAGCAAGCGUAAGCGCAAGAGCCAGAACCCGAUCAAAUUCUCUGUGCGGAUCGACGAGGACGAUAUCCACAUGUCGUCCGACGACUCGUCACUCGACGAUCUUCCAGACGAUGAUGACGACAAGGAUGACGACGAUGAUGACGAAGAGCUGAAGAACCUCAAGUCGGACGACGAUAGCGGCGACGAACGCACGGCCGAGGACGAGGCCGAGCCCAAGCCGAGCUUCCCCGUGUUCGCGGCGUCACAGCCCGAGUCCGAGACAGUUACCGAGUCAUCGCCAAAAAACGGCCAGGGCCCCGAGCCGGAGCCGCUGUCUGAGCGGCCCGGCUCGGCGGCCGGUGACGACGAUGGGGAUUCCACGAAUGCCGCUGAGCCGGCGGAGAGCCAGAAAGAGCAGAAGGAGGAGGAAGCGGAGAACGAGAAACAGCAGCACCAUCAGCAGCAGAGCUUUGAUGCACUCAAACGGCUAGAGAGCUUGUCCAAGGGUAACUUCGAUGAUUUUUUAGCCAAGGGCCCCAUGGGCCAGCCAGGUAAUCCUCUAGCUAGCCUGCCCAUGGGGCUGAACCCUAUGAACCUGUCGGCGGCGUCGGAGGGCGCCGGUGACGCGGCGGACAGCACGCGCGACGAGGACGACGAGCAUUCGGACGGCGGCUCGUCCUUCUCCGUCAGCCCGUCGCUGAGUCCCAACCACCUCGAGGAUGGCUACUGCAGCAGCGCAGAUGUGCCUAUCGACAAGGAGAACCCGCGCCGCUGCGUGGUCUGCGGUAAAAUGUUCCAGAACCACUUCGGCGUGAAGACCCACUACCAGAACGUGCACCUCAAGGUGAUGCACAAGUGCACCAUCGAGGGCUGCAAGGCCAAGUUUCCGUCGAAGCGCAGCCGCGACCGGCACAGCUCCAACUACAACCUGCACCGCAAGCUGCUGUCGACCUCCUCGGAGGCUGCCGGCGGCGGCCCGCAGGAGGCCGGCGCGUUCCCCGGCUUCCCGGCCGCCUGGGGCAGCGAGUACCUGGCGCGCCUGUGCGCCGAGCCGGGCCUGUUCCCGCUGUCGCUGCCGGGCGGCGGCGCGGCGGCCGACGGCGGCCCGCUGCGGCCGCACCCGAUGCUGCUGCAGUCGCUGAUGCACCCGGCGCUGGCGGCCGGCUACCAGGCGCGGCUGGCGCGCGGCGGCGAGCACCACUCGCGCUCGCCGUCGCCCAGCUCGCCGCCGGCUAUCAAGGAGAGCGGCGCCGAGACGCUGGCCAAGGUGUCGUGAUGGCCCGGCCGCCGGCAGCCGGCCCCUCAGUGCCAACCGGUCGGCCGCGCGCGCGCCGCCCAGCCCCCAGUCGCGGUGAUCUCCCCGUGCGGCCAGCGCGUGCCGACGGCGGCCGCGGCGCGUCACGAGCCGAUAUCAAAUCACAUGGUUGUUAUCAUCAUCGUUAGUGGAUAGGUCAAUGUGGCGGCUUCGAGGCGGCGAGUAUGUGACUAUUACAAUAAUCUAUGUGAGCGGCGCGCGCGCCGUCGCCAGCGCCGCGUCACCCUCCCCGUGGCAUUGCAAACAGACUUGCAGCUGUUUAUAAACGCGAGUGAGAUACGUACAAAGCCAUAAGGAAGUGCUAAUCGGCCGCGGCCCGCCCCGCGAGCCCCGCUCGGUGAAUGUGUGGAGCUCGCUGCCGAGAAAUCAAAGCUUCUUUGCGCGCGGAGUGCAGUCAAGCGUGUAGCUAUGUAAAAUAUGACUUGAUUGGAGGCGUUCAAAGUCUCCGCCUGUGAAGCUUUACUCCGCGCAGCUACUUGGUAUAUGUGAGCUCCAUCGUAGGAUGUCUGAUGUAGUCCUUAAUGUCGAUAUAUAGAUACGUAACAGGCCUUCCAUACGAAUAAGUUUGAUCUGCUGUGAUGACUGAUUGGUUGACUGAGCUGUCCUCUCGGUGAGUUUAUUUUGUUGAAGGUUAUUUAUUCUUUCCUCCGUCUCCCUUUUUCAUCUGCUUUGUGGAGCAUCUCAGACGUUAUCCUUAUUAGGCUGGAGGCAACUAGAGGUGCGAGGUGAAUCGAUGGUUUAACGAACGGCGUUGUCGUGUCUCGCAUUGUUAUGAUAUAAAUAAAAUGUACGAUGGAUGCAG